CCGCUCGGCCGAGGCAGUGAGGCGCUUCACCGGCCCCGGCCCCGGCCCGCGGCCCGCCGCCUGCCCCCGCCCAGCGCCAUCCCCACCGGGGCGGGCACCCGCGGGGCCAGACGCGUCCGGAGGCCCCCAGCCCGGAGGGGCCCCAGCCCCAGAGCAGGCGCCGCCGCCCGCCACGCCCGGAGCUGCAGACCGCGACCGUAGCCGCUCCGGCCCUCACCCAGUACGGUGCCUGGAGGGACGUAGCGAGCGCUGAACAAAUGCAGUUUGCCAAAAAAAGAAAAUGAGAGAAGAGGCGCUGGCUGGACGGUGAAUCCUCUAGUCGACUAGUUUGGGUUUUUUUGUGGUGUUUAUUUUUAUUUAUUUUUUUAACUUGGACGGAUAAAAGAUGUGCCAUGGAAGGAUAACACCAAAGAACAACUCAGACUCUCCAUUUGCCUCCCUGGGUCAUGGAUUCUUUCUUAUGCUCAUGACCUUAAGCACUUUGCUCCCCGAGGGACUGACCUCAGCUGCUAGGGAGCAUCACCUGGGGAGAAACAGAGCCCUCCACCCUGGAAGAGGAGAGAUAAAGGGAUUGACUUCACAGAAAGUGUGCCCCCAGCCACCAGCACCGGAGAAUGGCGGCUUCUCGUGCCACCCAUCCCCCUGCCAGUACCCCCUGACGCCGGGCAGCAUCAUCGAAUACCUGUGUGAUGAGGGCUACACUCUGAAGGGGGAUGACAAAUACCUGACCUGUAAGAAUGGGGAAUGGGACCCACCCACGGAGAUCAGCUGCCUUCUUAGCCAAGCUGCUAGGGAGCAUCACCUGGGGAGAAACAGAGCCCUCCACCCUGGAAGCGGAGAGAUAAAGGGAUUGACAUCACAGAAAGUGUGUCCCAAGCCACCAGCACCGGAGAAUGGCGGCUACGUAUGCCACCCCACGCCCUGCCAGUACCCCCUGACGUCGGGCAGCGUCAUCGAGUACCUGUGUGAUGAAGGCUACAUGCUGAAGGGGGAUUACAAAUACCUGACCUGUAAGAACGGGGAAUGGGACCCUCCCAUGGAGAUCAGCUGUCGGCUUAGCCCAGACACGAAAUCUCACCCGACGAUUGGCGUGCCCACCUUGUCUAUCGUGGCCUCCACGGCCAGCUCGGUGGCACUCAUCCUCCUCUUAGUUGUGCUCUUCGUUUUGCUGCAGCCGAAACUGAAGUCCUUCCACCACAGCAGACGUGACCAAGGGGUGUCCGGGAACCAAGUGUCCAUCAUGGUGGACGGGGUCCAGGUGUCCUUGCCAUCGUACGAGGAAGCGGUCUACGGCCACACCGGCAACCACGGCCCCCCGACAGACUCCCGCAUCCAGAUCGUGCUGUCCGAAGGGGCCGGGCCAAGUGGUGCGAGGGAGAUGCUGCAGCAGCAGGCCCUGGACCGGGACCGGAGCGCCCCCGGCUCCUGCCCGGCUGGGGAAGAGGCCGAGGCCCCGGGCCAGUCGGGGUUGUCGAGCGAGGUGCAUGGCGCCCAGCGCUCAGAGACUGCCAUCGUGCACCAGGCCUGCGCCUCAGCCUCUGCCUCUGCCGCACCCUCCUGGACGGCGGCCCGCAAAGAUGCAUCGGACUCCGAAAACAGUGACAUCCAAAGCCUUUUGUCCCUCACUUCGGAGGAAUACACAGAUGAUAUUCCAUUGUUGAAAGAAGCAUGAGGUCUUCUGUGGGCUCCACCCAGCCUCCUUCCUCUUUGCUGCGUCCUUUCCUUCCCCCCACCCCCACCCAUUUUGGGUUUCAAGCACUCAGUGCUGCCUCCGCCCCAAGCCCUGGGACCCCAGCGGCCUGCCCCGCGGAGGACAUCUUGGAGGAGAAGAAUCCCCACCAGAAACCCAAAGGGCGAUCGAUGAUUGACCGGGGAUGCCUCUGGCCUCUCCUGCCUGCCCACUUCCGGGCUAUGCUGGAGGGGCUGGCCCUUUCUCCCUCCGCCCUCCCCUCCCUCCCUUCCCCUGCCCCCCGGACAGCCGUUCGCCGGCGGCUCCCGCAGACCCCGUUGGGCCUGAGAGCCACUGCGAUCAUGUGUGCCUUUCCCCCGCUCCCUCCUCACGCCAGCUUUGCUGCUUCCCACAGGCCUUACCGGCUGCCCUCGGCCGUUGCUCCCCGUCUCCUUUCCCUCCCCAGGAUGGCCCUAGGGUGAGAAGAGGAGAAAUCAGGGGAAGCCCCCCCUUAGCCUUCCUCGUGCGGGACAGCAGAUCCCUGCAGCCCCUGGUGGCCAUCUUGGAGAGAGGGCGUGGAGAAACACGCAGAAUCCUGUCGGCCCCAGCACCUGGAGAGGAGAUUCGGGAGACUGUAUGAUUGAAGCCAGCCCGGGGGUCGGGGUCAGGAUGGGUUAUCGUUCUUUCUUUAAUAUGCAAUGCCCCACUUCCCGCUCCCAGCUUCCCCCAGCCUUUGGCCCGGAAGUAUGGGGGUUGUCUGGAAGGGCCCUAAGCAACUCCCAGUACUAAGCUGCAGACCACUGGGAGGCGGCCCAUCCUGGGGAAUAACACUCUUCCCCUUCUCCCCGUCUAACAGCUGGGGGAGGUUUCCCAGAGUGUGGCACCUAUUUGCUCUCCAUCUGCUGCAAAAGAGUGGCCUCCCCCUGGGCCAGUGGUUUUCCUGGUCUCUCCCGCUCAGAAUGGGGCAGGGGAGGCCCCCUGGUGCUGCUGUGUCAGAGGGGCUCCGAGCUCAUCUUCUAUCUUCACCCCUAACCUUUCCCUCCCGUCCCCACCACUCUGCUUCCCUCCUCCACUUCCUCCUCAGGUGUCUCAGUCAACCUCCUUGUCUUCCUGGCCAGUGUGGGGACGGAAGUGUGGUGGGCGGGCGUGCGGCGGGGAGGGCGGUGCUUAGGGUCUCUCCUUCCCACUCACCUGGGCACUGCUUCCCCAGAGCUGGUGGGCGAAUGUAACUCGAGCAAUGUCGCCAUAAGGGCCGGCCAGUGCAGGACCUCCAGACAUCCCGCGGUGGUUCCGGAUCAAGAGGGAAACAUUGGCGCACUCAGGGUCAAAUUGCCCUCGGGACCUCUAGCUCGGCGAGUCCCUGUGAGCUUCCGGCCCAGGGAGCGCCCGGUCCCAGCAGACCAGGGUGUUCGGAGACGGGUCGGGUGCCGAGGCUGGAGAAAAACCUGUGGGGCACAGUUGAGGCGGAAGGAGCGUCGAAGUGACCUCCAGUCGUAUGGAUUGGGGACCGGCAGCCUGGAGGGCUGUACCAGCUGCCUUAGGUGUGUGGUCAGGGGAGAAAUGGGGGUGGCAAGGCGCAAGAGAGAUCAGCUGGAAGUAGUAGCUUCUCUCAGUCAGCUGCACUCCUUUCCCUCCCCCACCCCCAACCCCCAUGCACUUUACCACGCUCUAUACGUUCCCUGACUCCCCGCGGUAGGGAGCCGUUUAUCUUCUUAAACUCGGGGUAGGUGUCUUCUGGCCCCUGCGACUUCCGUCUUCCCACUCACCACCCCCAAGGUCAGCCGGGCGGACGUGAGCGGCCAAGGAGCUGCGGGCCAGAGGUAGAGAGUCUCAGAAUCAGGAGCCCAUCAGGAGGCCGUAUAGUCCUCCUGUUCCGGGCCCUGCCUUUCUCUCCCCCCACCCCAACUUCCCCUCCCUGGAGGGCACAAGCUGGCUUUGGGCUGGGACCCAAGGCUGGCCCGAGAUCACAAAGGAGCAGAAAUUUUAGAAAACCAUCCCAGCUGGCGAGGCAGAAGGUAUUCCCGGCCUCCAGUGCCAGUCUGGUCCUCCUCGCCCGCAACCUUGGAGUGCAUAUAAAAUGUGGGGAGGGGAGGCGUUGCCACUCAUGUCUCCUUGGUGGACCCCGCCCCGACUGCCCAGCCCUCUCUAAGGCAGCUGGCCGCUCCUCCCCUUGGCCAGGCCCCUGCUCUCCUGGGACUUCCGUGCAUCCUGGUGGGCUGCUGGAUCAGGAGGGAAUACGAUCAUCUGGGGUGAGAAAGUCCUCUCCUUGCCCCCCGCCCCCUCCAUCCCGAGCCCCACGGGGAGGGGAGCACAGGGAGGGCCACAGGCAAAGCCCAUUUGAACUCCGCUGCUGCUGGUUGCCAAUACCGCCUCGGCCAGUAACCUGCCGAUGUUCCCAGCCCAAAGCCCCCGCGCCCCGCAGCCGCUCCACUCGCUGCAAGUUUCAGAAAGGCUGUGGGCCCAGCCUCUGAAAAGGAAUUCAGCUUCUUUCCGGGGAUGUGGCUCAUGGGCUCAGGAAGGGGUCCUCUUGCCUAGGAAAGAGCAUUCGGUGAACUGGGUGGGGGAGAGAGCUAGUUGAUGAAGCCGGACCGCAGCGUAGUAGGUGGGUCUGGUGGACGCAGGGAUCCCCAGGUCACGGCAUCCGAGGACCGGCCGGUUUUCGUUUUGCACAGCAAAGGGACGCUGCAGGCUCACAUCCCCAGUCUUGCACAGACACGUCGGAGUGGCCGUGAACUCAGAAGUCUCCUCAUUUUUACCGCCCUCCUGCCCUCUUAGAGCCGGAUGAUUCCUGACCGCCUUCUGCUCUUUCUGCAAGAUUGCACUUUGUGCAAUUUUUUUUGUCCUCUCUCUCUGGCCCGGGAAAUUGGCCCAGGCCCUCUCCACCGUGGCACCAGGUCUCUUUCUUUAAUUCCUAUCCAGGGCUCCUCUGGUUGAGUCGUGUUUGCUUCCCACAGCAUUUCAGUGCACAUUUUGUAAACCCCGUGCUUAAAAAAAGAAAUAGAAAAGAAAAAAUCUUCCACUUCCACCCACCUGUAAAAACCCAGCCCCGCUUCUUCUUUGUCCUUCUCCUUGGCUCUUCCUCCCAUCUGGCCUCUUCCCCCUUCCCCCCACCCAAGCCCCCACUCCCUCUUCCUCAGGCUGUGGAGAUGGAGAGAAGAUAAGAGGACAAGGAAAGGGUGGAAUGUGCCUUCUUUCUUUCCCGGGGGCACUGAGGGGCUGCAUCGUCAACCUGCCCCCCACCCCGCAGCCACAGCCGUGCCCACCGUCCCCUCCUCCCCACCCAACCCAUGGAAGCCUCCGGCCUCUUUCUCCCAAUCGGUGGUGGGGAGAGAGUGAAGGGGAGGGGACAUGUUGAGGAGCUUUAUGUCUCAGGGCGGUGCUGGGGGCAGGAAAGGGGGAGGCAGAGAGGGCAGUGUGGAAGAAAGGCCAGGUUGGAGGUGACCCACAGGCCCCAUGCCGCCAAUAAGCGUGAAGCCGCCGCCAGGGGUGAGGACGGCAGGGCCGGACUGGUUUUGGGUUCCAUCGUGCUUCACUUGGAACAGAUGCUUUGAGAGAGUGGCACGGUAGCUCCCCUAAGGAGCCUGGGCGACGGUCCCGCUUCCUGGAGAAGUCACUCGCUCUUCACUCUUGAGUCGAUGAUCCAUUCUGCCCUGAAGGAAACCUCGAACAGACCCCCGGUGGGGAGAAGCGCGUAGCCACCGAGGCAGCUUCUGUAAGCUCACCUCCUCCCCGGUGGGGAGCGGGCAGGGGAAAUUGCCACCGCCACCCGCUCCCUGCCACUGCAGCCAGGGAGGACCACCCACCCGACUCCUCGGGCAAUGACCCCGCAGCCCCGGGGGGCGGGAGGCGGGCGGGGGCCCGCCCCAGAGCAAGAGAGCCUGGUGGCCUUCCACGCUCUCUUCCCAUUUUGCAAUCGGCGUUGCACCACUGUGGAACCUCGUGCGUAAAUGGUACUGAGAUGUAAGUGGGAUUCAAAGCAACAACGGAUGCAGAAUGGAUCGGCCGUGCAGGGCGUCGCUCCGUCAGUUUCAUUUUGCUUUAUUUUAUAUAUAUAUAUUUUUUUGGUAUCCUGUACAUUGCAGUGGGUGUGAAGAUAGUAUUUUAAUAUUUGUACAAAGUUUAAUUUAAUUUUAAUUGUUCUAUGUAUAUAGCUGCAUUUCUAAAUAAUAAAAAAAAUGAAAAGGUUCUUUUGAA